AUGGAUACCCCAAGUGCGACGUGGCAUCCGGCUAAGAUGCCAUUUUCUAAUCACCAUAACCAAACACCAGAACUCGACAUACCGAAUAAUCAACACGCGACCACUGUCGAUGAGCAAACGAUUGAGCAUUCGGCUCUAGAUAUGUCGAAUAACGAAAUAAUAGAAGAGGAAACACAUCCUCAAUACCAACAGCCUUCUAAUGAGGGCGCGUUUCUAGAUCAAUUCAACAAUGAUGAGGAAGCCGGAGAUGCCGCGUGGGAUCUAUCAGCUCCGUCCGCAGCCGCGCAAGACCAAGAGGUUCCCAUACCCGAUAGCGAACACGAAUUUUCUUUACCAGAGUUUGUACCUACAAGCAACGCGGCCAAACACUCAAGUACGAUAUCGUUUGCGCGUACCGUGUCUCACGGAGUAAGCUUCGAUGAUGACGAGGAAACCGAGUGGAACCUGCAACGAUCAGAUACGGAUCCCUUCAAGUUCAUGCCCCCGAACGAGAGGACAAACUCCUUCCCUGUUGUACCACAAACGGAUACCGUUACCGACGACGAAAUAGAACAACCACCGCCAUCAACACAAGCUCAAGAUAUACUGCAAGAGUUGGAGAAGGACGAAUCCCACACCGAACAGGUUACACCAGACUUUCCCGGGACUUUGGAUCAAGAACAACCUGCUGGGGAAUAUCUUGGUGGAGAUCUUGUGGGAACAGAAGAGGAGGAAUUAGAAGCUCGGUUUGAGGAAGGAUUACCUUUAAUUCCACAACAAGAGUCGCAUGAACCGGAGAACCACAGCGAGCCUCAAGCCUCGAAUACUGAAGAUCUCUUUGCGCAAGAUGCCGUUGAAGAAGGUGAUGAUUUCUUCAGCCAAGUUACUCAAGGGGAAUCCCAACUCCACGGGAAUAGUGCUUUUGAUCUCACCCUGCAGAGGAAAUCCACAAGUAUGGUGUUGGGCGACGUAUUGGACCCAACGACAGGUGCUUUUUACUCGGACUCAGAACUCCCUACGCCUAUCGAUGAUCCUACCCCGAAGGUACCAGCAAUCUCGGCUCCGCCUGCGGUGGCUACCGUGAAUGGUGAUUCUAAAGAGCCGGAUGUCGACGCUAAGUGGGCGGCUGCUUUUGAGGAUGACGAUGAUUUUCUAUUGGACUCAACCACAGAAUCUAAAGAACUUGACCCUGCAGAUAUCUUUGGGAGCGAUGACGAGGGAUUUUUAGAAGAAACAGAAGAAACGCCGGCUCCACCAGCGAUUUCAACAGCUCAACCUAACACAACCGCACAACCUCACUCGGCAGGCUUAAAUGGUCGUUACACACCCGAUUUACAACGUUCCGCUCAACCGAGUGCGAAUCCUUACGCACCCGCCCCAGUUGUUUCUCAAGCACAGCCUUUGCAACACCCCUCUUAUUCACACCCAGCAUCUGUCCCCCCUCCAGCAAUGGGCGGAUAUGGAGCCCCUCCCCCGAAACCAAGCAUGCCUAAGGCUCAGAGUUAUGCCGAUAAAUCCAAAGGUGGUUAUACAUCUCCGUAUGAUCUUCCGAUGGAAGUCGUCAAGCCGAAGAAGCGACCUAGCAUGCAACAGCUGCCAAGGUCAAAUAAUGUGGCACCUUUAGCUCCGCCAGUCGGUCCUCCAAGGAGUGCGAGCAUGUACGCUCAACCACCCCCUACAAGUGGUUCAAACCCGAGUUUGUCGCCUCCCGGUUCUAGUCACUCGAGUCAAGCGCCACCCCCGCCACCAUCUGCAGGCCAGAGAUUAACCCCUCAAACAACUCCUCAGUUGAGGUCAAAGCCGAGUUUCUUCGAGGAUUUGCCAAUGACAUCUAAGCCUCGUCCAGCUUCGCGACACAGUAAUCCUCUUUCUCCUCCCCAGCAAAGUCCAUAUGGACAUCCCCAGGGUCCUCCUCAAGGUCCUCCUAGUGCCUUACGCCCCUCCUCCCAGCCACUUUCCCCUCAGGAUCAAGCACCUGGCAUCUCGCCGUUGGUUGCACCGGAGCGUGUUAAUCCUUACGCCUCAUUACAAUCUAGCUCACCACCGAAACCUAGCAUUCCUCCCGCAUCCGCCAGAUAUUCCCCAGCGCCUACCACUUUAUCGGUGACGAACGGAGUGGCCCCUCCACCUGCGAGUAGCAGAUACUCACCCGCUCCACCCAGUGUGCGUUCCUCUAGUGGAGGAUAUGCCGCUGUUCCGCCUCCGGCGCUUGCGCAUCAACCUCGGACUUCAAGUCCUCUCGCUCACUCUCACUUUGAAGUGUCACACGACAAGUCACUUCAAAGCCCCGUGAACGGCGAAAAUAUUUCUUUAAGCCGAAGCAGCUCAUCUCAGUACGAACCGCGCCUUACUAGGGUGCCUUCGUUACCGCCGACGCAAGAGGUUGAAGAGGAAACUUCGCCGUUACGAUCUCCUCCGACGGCCCCUAAACCUCCGGUCGAGUCGAAGUAUAGUCCAAGAAAUGCUAGGCAUACUCCUCCGCCUCUUGGAUCCCCGGCGUAUAGCGCGAUUUCGCCCCCGAAACGAUCAGCGUCUAAUUAUGUUCCAAUGUCGCCUGCGACCGUGCCGCACAAGGAAGUCAACUUUGUACCUCCGCCUCGUUCCCAGACUCAAUCACCCGGUGCGCUUUAUGGCAACCGAGCUGCUGGGAAAUCAGUAGACCCCAUUCCUCGACCGUCGUCAGUGCAAGGCUCAACGAUGCCGAAUGCGGAAGCUGCUCGACCCACGGUUAGAACUCGUGGCAUGUCACAGCAUCUAAAUCUCGUCCCACCGACAGAUGGCCGAGAAAAGGAUCCUCUGCAAAGGUGGCGAGGUGCACCGUUGAUUUCAUGGGGUGUAGGGGGUAUACUUGUGACUUCUUUCCCGACUGAUGUCCCUCGAUAUGGCAUAAGCCAAGCAUUACCGAUGAUUGUGCGAAGUCCGGGUGAGGUGAAGGUCAAACAUGUCAAGGAUAUCCAACCAUUGGAGGAACGUCUAGCGAAAUUCCCAGGUCCUUUGAAGGGCAAAUCGAAGAAAAAGGAAACAGUGGCAUGGCUCACAGCUAGUAUCGAAACCCUGGAACGAAGUCUUCCAAAUGUUUCAUUCCAGCAGGUUGUUUCACAUGAGGACAAAAGGACUAUCGAGCGAUUACUAUUGUGGAAGAUUCUAAGAGUAUUCAUUGAGAACGAUGGAACUCUAGAAGGAAACCCUACGGUGGAUAAAGCGGUUAGGGAGGUUAUCUCUCCUGGUCUUGAUGCUAACAACCCAGAGAUUGCGGCUGCUAUUUCUACUGGAGCUGAUUUGACCGGAAUCUCUGGGGCAGUUACCAGUAUGCAGGCAGAUGCAGUUGAUUCUACUGCUAUUGAACAAAUCCGACACCAUUUGUUAUCCGGCGACCGAGAAAAGGCUGUUUGGGCCGCGGUGGAUAAGAGAUUGUGGGGACAUGCAAUGCUUAUCUCGAACACGAUGCAGAGUCCCGACUUAUACAAGCAGGUUGCACAAGAAUUCAUAAAGAAAGAGGUGAACCACCCAGGCCAUGGGAACGAAUCUCUCGCUGCGCUUUAUGGUGUUCUUUCUGGAAACUUCGAAGAGUCAGUUGAUGAGCUUGUUCCGGUUCACGCGCGAGCUGGUCUUCAACUCAUGUCGACUUCAGCCCCAAUCAAUGCUUCACAAGAUGCCUUGGCAGGACUAGACAAAUGGCGUGAGACUCUUGGUCUAAUAUUGAGCAACAGAAGCUUUGGUGAUGCUCAGGCGCUGAGGUCUCUUGGAAAUCUGCUCUCUGGAUAUGGACGAGCGGAAGCAGCCCAUAUCUGCUACAUUUUUGCAAGGAACAGUGCCAUUUUUGGUGGCCUUGAUGAUCCUAACGCCAAUUUUGUUCUCGUUGGAGCCGACCACCGUCGUCAAGCAGAUCAAUUCGCAAAGGAAACGGAGGCCUUGCAACUUAGCGAAGUCUACGAAUACGGACUAUUACUUGCAGGAGGCUCAAACAUUGCCCAAAGCUGUUCACACUUGGCCGCAUACAAAUUGCAACAUGCCAUGACUCUUGCUGAGUAUGGUUUUAGAGAUAAGGCUUUACAAUAUUGCGAAGGCAUUUACAAUGCGAUAACUGCGCAGACAAAGCGAUCGCCGUACUAUAACGCUGCUCUCGAGUCAUCUGUAGACGAUCUCAUGAGAAGAUUGAAGCAAGCUCCGAAGGAAGAGUCGUCUUCUUGGAUUCCCAAGCCUAGAAUGGACCAGGUGUCUAAUAAUAUGUGGAGUCGUUUCAACAAGUUUGUCGCUGGCGACGAUGACGAAAAUUCUGGUAAUGGUGCAUCGGGUGAGGCUGGCGCUGAAUCGGGGCCGUUUGCCCGACUUGCGGGUGGAACGCCAACGAUCAGUCGAUCCCCAUCUGUCUCAAACUUCGAGAUGUAUGCAAAUGGUAACCCAUCACCUACUGCUCCGGCUACUAAAGCUGGUUCGCGUUACGCACCAGCAGCACCCCAGUCUUCAGGUAACCCUUACGAUCCGAACUCCGCUUACAACCCGGGUCGAUCUUCAAUGGAGAGGACUUCGGGCGAGAUGACUCGAAGCUCUCUUGAUAUUCCUAGGCGGGGAUCGGACAUGCAAUCAGCCUAUGGAAAUCCCUACACUCCUGACUUAAACGUACCUUCCAACCCUUACCAACCCACGGCUCCAAUUAAUUCUUCACCGUAUACGCCGAACUCUAGAGGAUCGGACACGGCCCCUCAACCUACAGGCAUUGGUAUUUCAUUCCCAGGUUACGACCCAUAUGGCGCUGCGCAAGCCUCUCCAAAUGGCAAUGCUUCUCUACAAGGCCCUCCUAUAAUAGCAUCAAAGCCGGAGGUUUCUGUGAAUGAUACCAGCUCGAAUCAGGGUUACCAGCCACCAUCGUACGGAUAUGAACCGCCCUCAACGAAUUCGUUCGAAGCGCCCGCGACGCAAACCGAUAGCUACUCUGGGGGAUACGAGCCACCUUCGUUCCAGCCAUCUAGCUUCGAACCGCCAUCGUAUGAACCGGGUCUAGCUGGCGAUAACGGUGAUUCCGAGGAAUCAAAGCCUAAAAAGAAGAGUUACUUCGACGAUGACGAUGAUAUUCCUAGCAUAAAGUCACAAGAGAAGAGCAAGGCAGAGAAGGAUAGGGAAAAUGAGGAGAUGGUUCGAAGGGUUGCAGAGGAAGAAGCCAAACGCGCUGCUGAAGCCAAGGCGGCCAAGAAAGGCUGGGGCUUUGGGGGUUGGUUUGGUGGCGGCGCUAAAAAGGAGGCGGCAGAACCAGCCAAUAAACCCAUCAAAGCUAAGCUUGGUGAAGCCAGCAGCUUUGUAUACGAUCCAGAUCUCAAGCGAUGGGUCAAUAAGAAACCCGGAGCUGAGAAUACUCCUGCCAAGACAGCAACACCCCCACCACCUCGUGCUGCAUCCCGCAAUGGUACUCCACCACCACCUGGAGGGCCUACAUCGGCUCCUCCACCAGCUCUAGGCGGACCUCCCCGAUCUACACUUACACCGCCACCUGCCAUGUUGAACAAAGCCGCAUCCCAAGAAAACCUUACCGUCCCUGGCGGCGCCCCGCCUAUGAUGCGAUCUGUGUCGAGCCAGAGCACUGCUAGUGCUCCCGGCGGCCCGCUUAACCGUCCUCCGAGCAGGCCGACUACGAGCUUAAGCAACGCGAGUAGCAUCGAUGACUUACUCGGCGCGGCGGGUAGCCAAAGGAAAGCAGGCAAGAAACCGCGCAAAGCGGGACGAUAUGUGGAUGUUAUGGCUAAAUAA